ACUUUGCAACGCUGCCUACAUAAUACCAUAGCUCCCCAUCUUCUUGUCUACAGAUGGCCACCGAAGGAUCCUUUUGCUUAGUAUCUACUCUUACUGUCCUCAUCAAGUUAUUAUUUCUCUUCCUUCAUAUUCAACCGGUACCUGCCAGGACUCAAGUGACAGAUAGAUUUCAGUCCCCCCUCACCCAUAUCGCCCGCCACUCAGUUGAAAAGCGGGAUCUUUGGAUGCGGCAGCUUCUCUCAGUGACGACAAGAAACCUCAAACCCAGCCAAGUUCAGUCGCGGCUUCCGUGACCCGAAGUCGUCUUUCGUCUUGGUCAGAUCAGAAUAUUUGUUGUUGGGAAGGUGCGAUCUGUUGACAGGAGGUGGAUUCUUUCGACCAGGUUUUCUCCUCGCCCCACCUCAUCAGCUCUACCGAAAAGUACAUCGGCGACCUUUCAUACCUCCUUGUGAUGGCAACAGCAUCGCCGCCGUCCAUGGACGGCAUGUCACCCGUCUACGAACUCAAGAUCCGUCAACAGCCCAAGAAUGCGCGCGUAGCUAUUGGCAAAGAAAAAGACAGAAAGCCCAUCGACCCCCCUCCCAUCGUCCAGCUCGAUAUUCACCCUAUGCGCCAUCAAAUACACAACCCUUAUCUGAUCCUCGUUUGCAAGCUUGUCGCUCCAGAUAGUACCGAGCACGACGAUGCCAACCACCAGCAGCCCGAACCCAAGGACAACGACCUGAUCGGCUCCCUUUGCUCGUCUCCCUACGUCCUCAAGGACACCAACAAUGCCCAAGGCCUGUUUUUUAUCUUCCAGGAUGUUUCAGUACGCCGUGAAGGCACCUAUCGCCUCGAAUUCAACCUCUUUGAGCUCAAGCCUCUAACCAGGGAGUGCAUCGCCUUAGCCAGGACCACCUCCGACAAGUUCGUUGUGUUUCCUCAUCGGUACUUCCCCGGAAUGGCCGAAAGCACCUUCUUGACAAGGUCCUUCAGUGAUCAGGGCGUGCGCAUCCGACUACGCAAGGACAGCCGCAGUGUCAGCACGCGCAAGAGGGGUGCUAACGCACUAGGAGUCGGGGCGGGCAGCGGUGAUGUCGUAGGACGUCUGCGGACCGGCUCGACGAUGGGUCUAGGCGGACAACAAUACUCGCCCAUCACUAUCUCCCACCACUCCCAAUCCCACGGUAGCGGCGGAAGUCACGAUGAGCUCUCCUCAACGAGCACCAGCCCCAUCAACCGCAUCAACACCACCCUAGCCAGCCAUCACCCGCACGACCUCAUCCCCGGCAUUGGCCACUUGGACCGCAGCCAACACCACCGCGGCUCUUUAGCCUCGCAAACGUCUUCAAGCCUCCUCGACUCCCCCUCCAACACCACCAUGCUCAACUCCCCCACUGUCACAGGCGUAGGCGGUUUUGGCGCCUCCACAGCCACCACCCUCGGCGGCGGCGGUAACUACUCUUUCACCGGCGUCGCCGCCGCGCAUCAGUACUCCUACCCCGGCACAGCCCUCAGUCUAACCACCGGCACCACCGCCGAUGAUCGUUACUACGAUUACAACAGGGCUGGCAAGAGGCCUAGGUUGUUGCAUGGUACCGGAGUGGAUGAUCUGCUGGAUCAUUCAUAUGGGAGAGACCCUUACGGACGGGACCCCUACGAUCAUCAUCACCGCGUGGUCGGCGGCAGCGUGACGCUCCCACCCCAUACGCAGGGGUAUGCAACGAUGGAUGCCACGCACGGGUAUGGCCAUGGACGACAUCAUGAUUAUUAUGGGGUGACGGCUGCGGGGCCUUACUUUGGGUCGGCAAUGUGAACAACUCCAGAGCAAUGCUUUUGGAUCAUGAUCACGCGUGGGUGUGAUUGCCUUGUAAUCGACUCGGUUGAUGAUCCUCCCUUCUUGAUCUACGUCGUUUCGCCCCAUGUUCCCUUUUAUUUUCCCGAACAAGGACAAGGACACUAUUCCGCUGGCGCACAGGAUGUUGCCGAGAAAAAGAUUUAGUAAUUGCUCUGCUUUGCUCUUCCAUUUUGCUCUUCUCCUUCACUUCACAUUGCUUUUCCUUGCUCUCUACCCUUUUUUAUGCUUCAUUUUCAUUUCACCCUUUCCCCUUUCGUCCUUUUUCAUGUUGCCUCCUUUUCGUUACGUUACGUCUUUGCUCGUUUGUUGGUUCUGGAAAAUAGAAAAAAACGGCGUCAAUGGUGGUUGUCACCCUAUGGCGGCUGGCGGCGGUACCCUCUGUUGUUCAUCUGGAACGGUCUGGUUGUUUUCAGUGAUGAUCUCUGAUAACUGGCGGUGGGAACGAUACCCCAUUUCCUUUGAACUCACUCUCUCUAGUUUUGUUUUCCUCUGUCAUGGUUAUCAGGUGGAACUCGUGUCUGAAAAGCAAAAAAGAACGCGAAUGUGCAAAUAAACUGAUCUUGGAAAAAGUUACUUGGAAGAGCUUGGUGGGAGGAUAUCUGAUUUUUGUUUAGUUGAUCUUGUUCUGUUCUGGAAAGUAGUAAUGUACGGUCGGACAUACAUAGCACGAAAUGGUAGCGGAAACAGGAUGAAUGGAAGACGCGCAUCUUGCGGACAGUGGGAGAAAACACAUAUUUGACGACAAUUGUAAAUAUAUCCAAUGCAACGGC